ACCAGCCAACCAUCCCUGCAUCCAUCCAUCCCUCCAUCCCUCCAGGCCUGCAGGCUGCAGCGCCCACCAGUCCGGCCCAGUCCGGCCCAGUUCGGCCCAGCAGCCUAUCUCCAGCCCAAACCUCUCGCCCUCAUGAUGCCCGCCCGGAAGGCGCGGAAAAGCGCGCAGCCCAGCGCGGCUCCUGCAGAUCAGGAUGCCGUGGCAGAAUGUGCUGCUCAAUUGCGGAAAAUUGGAGAUAAGUUGAAUUUACAACAGAAACUUCUAAAUGUACUUUACAAACUCUUCAGCCCAGGAACCUGACCUCCCUUCAAAAAAAUAAUAAAAAGUAUUUUUUUUUUGAAUGGAAGCAUCCGGAAGGCCCAGAUUUCAUCAAGACUAACAGAUUGCAUUGGUUACUGAGAGUGUUGUGUUGGUGGAGAAAGGAUACCUCUUGGAGGUGUAUCGGAAGACGUGGCUGUGCAUCUGGAAAAAUGGUGACAGUCACUUUCAAAUAGAAAAUGUUCGGGGAUUCGGGGGGUGGGGGGAACAACACAGAAUUGAAAGAAUCCUGAAUGAGGAAUUUUCUGCGGUAAGAAGUGCUUCAUCAGUGUUACCAAAGUUACUGUUCAUCAAGUUCAUUUGCACACGGACCGGACAGAGAACAUAGAUCCAGCAGCUGACGGGGAAGGAUGCCUUCUUCUUCUUCUGAAUACAGAACUGGAAGGAGUCAUAUUUCCAGGCUUCAUUCAUGGUUCCUGAUGAUCUUGAAAAUGUUUUUCUUUGUUUGGUUUUUGGUUUUCUUGUUGUUGAUUUUGUUUUGGUUUUUUAAAAUAAAAAACAAAACACUCCAGCCAACCAAUUUGGAAUGAAAUAUUUGUCUUUGACUCAGGUCAGUGUAGUUGUCAAAGAAUUUUGGUGCUCUGUAUAGGAUAUCUUUAAAAUGGUGCCCUUUAGGAUUAGGUUAGCAGUAUUAACAAUGUCUAGUUUGCAGGUCUGCCUCGUGAGUGUACAAUAUUACAAUGUGCUUUCUUUGGAAAUCUGUAGAACAAAAUGACCAGAGUCACUUUAAGCUUUUCUGUAGAGUUUAGCUCAUCAGAACAAACCAAAGAAAGCAUAAUACACUGUACUCCUCCAUAUUUUCAAGGGUCUGAUCCUCUAGGUGAAUUUACAUACUUUUGAAAUAUUUCUGCCGCAAAUUCAUUAAUG